AUGGCCGACGGAGUUCGUGUGGCCGCUGUAAUGCAUCUAAUGGAGUCACUGAUGGUGCCACCGGACAAGAACUGCUCCGAAAGGAUGGAUACACCGUCGGCACGGGAAUUCCUCGCCCAUCUGGAACCGUUCCAAGUGGUUCUUUUGGCUAUUGCGGGAGUAUUCACAUUGGUGGUGUAUGUGUUGGCAUUCGUCCACUGGUUCUACGUUUACACCUUCGUCUCAAUUGAAACCAGAAGAAAUAAACUUUACUGGCUGGUCACUCUCUUCCCGGUCUCGUCUAGUUGCUGUCUGAUUGGGAUGCUAGCACCACGAACAUCGUUGAUCAUGACAGCAAUCGGUCUCCUCUACUACCUUAUGUGUCUAUUCGUCAUCGUUUCCCUAUGCAGACAUUUAUUCGGAGGGCGGUCGUCAUUCUCCAACAGUCUACAGUUCGAUUCCAGGCCAAUAGAUUUCAGAAGCCCUCCUUUUUGUUGUCUCCUGCCAUUCCUUCCUACAGCGGAAUCUUCUGAGAAAAAUAUAAGACGUCUGGAAUGGCUGGUGCUCCAGGCGCCGGUAGUACGUGCUCUCAUAAUCGUCAGCGAUAUUAUUGCUGUUGCUGAGAUGAGAGAAGAGGCAAAGACGUUCCUUCGCUAUUCAGACGUCUUCUCUGUCGGUUCACUGCUGCUCGCGAUUUUCGGUGUGCACACGCUGGCACGAGUUACAUCGAACAAACUCUCCGAGUACUGCUUUAUGACGGUAUUCCGUUUCGUCGACAUCUCGUUGCUCUUCUUCUCGGCCCAACAACCGAUGCUCUUCCAAAAUAUCCUUCUCCGUUUCGAUCUGAUCACUUGUGGCCCUUUACUGACCGCUCAGGAAAAUGCUACUUUCGUGUGCAACUUUGUGAUCAUCUGUGAAAUGUUCGUAUUGUGCCUUCUGGCUACCGUACUACUGGCACCACGUCGAAAUGCUUUGUUCGACAACUACCGUAGGCUGAAGACAUCAGUACAUGAUGCGGAAGAAGCUGAGCUCAAUCCGGAUGAUGUUGGCCUGGAGUUCGCACAGCGACCCUAA